GUUAUUAUUUGUAAUAUAUAAUAGUUUACUUUUUAUUAUCUAAUUUAAAAACUGACAUAUAGUAUUUUCAUAACCUAGUUUGACAACAAGUUGCAUUGAAAAACAAAAUAAACUAUACGUAAAACAGCAACGUUGGUAGUAAUAUUGUUUUUUAUGUUGCAGGUUUGGUUUGAUCUUAACAGGAAUAAAACAAUGUGAAAGUUUCAUUGUCAGUUUUAUCACUUAAUCAAAUAUUUAUCGUUGUUUAUUCUCUGUAGCGCACAUAACCUAAAAAUUCUUGCACAAUAACAUUAUCAAUUGUGCAAAAAUAAAUAAUUGUGUAUAGUUGUGAGUAUUAAUAUUGAUAAAAUGGAAGUAACACAAAGUGGAACGAAAAAUGUAAAAAAAAUGGGACAGAAGAAAGACAGCCCUUUGAAAACACAGAGUCCUUUAGAUACGUUGCAAAUUAAUCAUCUUGUAAAACCGUCCAAAAAAAGUCACCUGAAGAAAAUUGAACCAAAGGAGAAAACAGAGAAGAGAAACCGACGAAAAAUCAGCCGCAAACGUAAAAAAAGUUUGAAUGUUAAUGACCAGUCGCUGAUUACUAAUCCAGCUGACAGCGAGUUUGUUUUUAAAAUAGCACCAGUGAAUAGUGGCCAUCAUGGCAGAUUCAUUAGAAAGAGGAACACAAAAUGCAAUAAAAUCAGACUGAAAACAUUCAUAGUUGAUAGAAGGCCUUGUGUUUUUGAAUCAUUUGACUAUAUUGUCAAAAUAUUUGAGAAAUUGAAAGUAAAAAGUCCAAUGACAAGUCACCACACGUCACUUGUUCUUCAGAAUACUCCAACAACUAGCUCAACACCAAACAAAAUUAAACCAGACAAGAAAACCAAAAAGAACAAGAAAAAGCAGUUGGAACAGGAGAAGAAAAAAGAACCAGAAUUUUUCCAGGACCAUUUCACUCCACAACAAGUUAUCAAUGGUCUGGAAUCUGGAGAACUAAUCAGGGGUGCCAUUAGGAUCAACCCUAACAAUGCUCAUGACGCCUAUGUUAAUAAUCAGGACCCAAGUCUUCCAGACUAUUACAUAAACUCAAUAGUGGAUAGGAACAGAGCACUUGAUGGAGAUGAAGUUGUUCUUGAAAUAAAACCCAAAAAUGAGUGGAAAAAACCAAACACUCCAUCAUAUAGAGUUGUUAGGGUUGAAAAGUUGGUGAAUCCAGCUUUGGCGACGGGUCACCUGAAAUUCAUAAAUGAAGGAAAUAAACGUAAUGGGUCCGAAUUCGCCAUCCUCUUCACUCGUGACAAACGCAUGCCGAACUUGCGUAUCUAUGCGAAAAAUUGGCCGCCCGGCUUCCGCGAGAAUCCUGAGUCAUUCAAAGACGUGCUGAUUCUCGGCGAGCUUAUGAACUGGCGCAAGCCGAAAGUGGCAAUAGGACAACUGGUCUCGGUUCUAGGCCGAGAAGGAGAUUUGAAGGUGGAGGAAUUAUCUCUAUUGAGCGAGGCUUGUUUGGACCCCAUGCCACACGCUCAACAUCUAAUUAAGGAUGUUAAUUUGAAUCCUGUCAUCGAUCCGCAGGAAAUGUUAACCCGCAGAGACAUGAGAGGCGAAUGCGUGUUUACAAUAGAUCCGGCGACUGCCAGGGAUUUGGACGACGCGGUUUCAGUGAAGGAACUCCCGAACGGCAACUACGAGAUAGGGGUUCACAUUUCGGACGUGGCGUAUUAUUUAAAAGACGGUACGGAUUUGGAUAGAAGCGUGGCGAAAAAGGCUACAACCAUUUACAUGAUUCAGAACGUCUACCACAUGUUGCCGGUCGAAAUGUGCAUGCAUUGCUCCUUGCUGCCGGGCUUCGACAAGCGUUCGUUCUCCGUGUUUUGGGAGAUAACGCCGAACGCGGAAGUACUGACGACCAAAUUCACGCGCACAGUCAUUAACUCUUGCGCCCAGUUGUCGUAUGAGCAUGCGCAGCAAAUGAUCGAAGACCCAACUAAGCAGUUUAAAAAUGACGAACUGCCGCGUAUUCACAACAAUUAUACCUACAAAGAUCUAAGCAUAGCCGUAAACGUUUUGCAGAAGAUCGCGGUACAACUGCGUGAGAAACGCGUCCGUAACGGUUGUCUGAAGUUGGAUCAGGUCAAAUUGUUGUUCAGGUUGGACGAGCAAACCGGACAACCGCUUAGUUUUGCCAUUUACGAGAAUAAGGAGGCGCACAGGUUGAUCGAAGAGUUUAUGUUGUUGGCAAACAUCUCGGUGGCCGAAAGGGUGCAUCAGGUGUUUCCGGACAUUGCCUUUCUGAGAUGCCACGAGCCUCCCAAGCAAACCAUGAUGGCUAAGUUACAAAAGAAUUUACAAACAUAUGGAAUUUUCGUUGAUAUUUCAUCUUCUGGCAAAAUCUCGUCGUCGUUACAGACUUACACUACCGACGACGAAGCGGGUAAGGACAGGAGCGCAGUAUUGUACCAUUUGUUUUCAAAGCCCAUGACUCGUGCAAGGUAUUUUUGCGCCAGCGAACAGAUUGACUUCAGUCAUUUCGCAUUGAGCGUACCGUUGUACACGCAUUUUACCUCACCGAUACGUCGUUAUGCUGACAUUAUGGUGCAUCGACUUUUGGCAGCCUCACUAGGAUAUUGUGAGACUCCAAAUUGGUCUACGGAACACGUUAAAGAAGUAGCUAAAGUGUGUAACACGAAAAAAUACAACGCUAAAAGGGCGGGCGAUUUGUGUUCCGAUUUGUAUUUGGCGCAAUACAUAGAAAACUACGAGAAGCUGCAUCAGCAAGCGUUUGUAGCCGAUGCAGUCGUCGUCGAUGUUAAGAAUGCGUCGUUCGACGCUCUAGUUUUAAAUACAGGUAGCAUAGUGAGAAUUAAUAAAAGUACAUUGCCGGAAGGUACAGAGUGGUCUGAGGAAAAAUUGUCGACUGACAAUGAUGACAUGCCGAUGUAUAAAGUCUCCAUACUUUAUCCAGCUACUAAACAAUAUCGACAAAUCACUUUGGUUGUCGAGCUCUUUACCCAUAUUAAAGUUGCGUUGUUUAGAAACAAAAAUAAUUUGUACAAGCUAGAGGCUAUUUUAUUAAGACCUGUUUAAAGAUCACACUAUGACUGUUAAGUGUGUUUUUAUUGUUUUUUAAUUAUAACAAACUCUGAGAAUACAUUUCGUUGACACAUAUAAA